AUGGUCGCGACCCCCAAGGUCUUUGGCGGCGGCAAGUCCAAGCCGGUGCUGGAAAUCAGACCGGACUCGCCUUUCAUUGUUUUCCAGGGCGACGCGCACCACGCCGAGUCCGCCACUCUUACCGGAAAGCUGGUCCUGACAAACCACGACUCGAUUCCGGUCCGCUCUAUCAAAUUGUCUCUUAUUGGCACGCGCAAAGUCUCCUGGCUCACGAACGCCGUCAAUCCGCAGCAGAUCGUCUACAAAGAUGAAUUUCUCCGGGAGCAUCUGCAGAUCUACCCCACGGAUCUCGCCGUCAAGAAGACUGUGCAUCACAUGGGCCCGGGCGUCCACGAGUGGAACUUCAAGUUCACGCUGAGGGGUUCGUUGCCGGAGAGCGUCGAGGGUCUUGCCGGCAGCUACAUUGUUUACAACCUUCACGCGACAAUGGACCGCGGCAUGAUGGCCAAGACGCUGUACGCGGACAAGCACUUGAGAAUUAUCCGGACGCUGGCGUCAGAGAUCCUGUCCGAUGCCGCGAUGGAACAGACCAACGAAGAUGUGUGGGCCGACAAGCUGUGCUACAAGAUCACCAUUCCGCAAACGAAUUUCAUCUACGGAACGCAGGCUAUCGCGGACUUCCAGUUGAUUCCGUUGAAGAAGGGUGUUACCAUCGGAAAGAUCAAGAUGGAACUUCACGAACACGUCGUUCUGAACGCGAUUCAGGGCGAGCGAAACAUCCCGCACUCCUGGGAUGCCAUCGUUGCAAAGGACGAGUUUGAGAUGCCCACCGACGCCGAGCAGAGGAUGACCGACGAGGACGACGACCACCCGUUCGACGAAUCUUUCAAGUUCAAGCUGGCAAUACCGUUUCCCAAGUCUCUGAAGAAGUGCAGGCAGAACGUGGAGACGGACUUCAUCAGAAUAGAUCACAAGAUCAAGCUCUACGUAAAUCUGCACAACCCGGAGGGUCACACCAGUCAACUUCUUGUCAAGAACAACUGUGUUCUGUUCAUCUCACCCAAUCUCCCGAUCGGAGAGGAUCAGCAGGUCCUGGCUGCUAUCUCGGGCUCUGCAGUUGAAGCGGCCAUGCACGCCGAGGCCACUCAGGCUGCACCCCCCACUUAUGCGGAGCACCAGUUGGAUCAGAUGUACAGAGACAUUGAUCCGAGCGGAUUCAGAACCCCUGGCGGUUGGCACGGCUCUCCUAACCAGAGUGGCUACGUUACACCGUACUACGCGCAGAGCCGGAGAAACUCUGUUGAGGAUCUACCCUCGAUGGACACUACUGUUGCGGGUGGAGUGGGCGCCUCUGCCAGUCAACUGCACUCGCGCCUGACACGCCUCAGCAUCUCGCAGAACAACAGCGGUCUGAACUCGCGGAACAACAGCUACUCGCGGCAUUCUUCUGGCACCAACACGCCACACAACGGCUAUGAGAGCUCGGCCCCCAUUAGCCCGGCGGGCAACGAAUCGAGUAAUUCCGGAAAUAACAGCGGCCGCCAAUCGCACAACAGCAUGCACCGCACUCGCGACAGUCGCGACAGUCCGAGUUACUUCCCGCCAGUGGACACCAUCUCAUACGACAUGGAGGCUCUGGCGCGGAUUCCCAGUUACAACACAGCGCUACGCACCCCGCUGCGCACACCGAUCAGCGAAGAUCUUCCGACAUAUGCUGUGGCGACGAGCAGACCAGCAAGUCCUGUGCAUGAACCGCCACGACCUGGGCAAGCACACUUACGUGGAAGCAGGGAGACGACUCCAUCUCCGACCGGCAGCUUGGCCACGCUUACAGAGGAGACGGAGCGCAAUACGGCGUUUAAUCGUGCACUGCGCCCCGAGGCUGCCCACGUUAGCCAUUGA